AUGCCGGGCGGAACCUGGGCACCACUAGUGACUGGGCUGAUGUUCCUGGUCCUGGGGGAAGGCCAGCAAGCUCCAGAGUGCUCUCCUGGUGGCCACCAGUUUCUUCAGAGUCCUUACAGGAGUGUUCACUUUGAGUCGGUGUAUUCCCAGCAGUCAGCUGCUCAAGACCUGAUCUGUGACUAUUCUCUCACCCCUGGAUGGUACCGAUUUCUCAUCUUUGACAGACCUGCUGAAAUGCCAACCAAAUGUGUUGAGAUGAACCACUGUGGAACUCAGGCCCCCGUCUGGCUGUCUCUUAGUGAUUCAGAAACGCUGCCUCUUCCUGGAGAGAUCAAGCAACUGACAGGUUGUGCCACUUGGCAACUUCUUUUUAGCAUUGAAAAGGACUGCUGUCUCUUUCAAGUCCCUGUGCUUGUCAGAAACUGUGGAGACUUUUUUGUAUACUUGCUCCAACCCACUCAGGGAUGCAUGGGCUACUGUGCUGAAGCUGUUUCUGAUGUGAAAUUAUACACAUGUGGCCCUGGAGAAAUAGAAAUCGGAGGUGACUGUAUUGGUCAGCUCUCCAUUGUAUCGCCUCCUCCACCUCCAGGCAGACCAAAGGUUACAGUGGAACUGGUGGGCUCCCAGGUGUUUUGUAGAUGUGCUUUUGAUGUUCCCCCCACAAACAACUCAGUGGGAUUCCUCAUAGUCUGGUCUAGGCUUUCUUCCCAAGGGAUCAAAGAGGAGCUAAAACAAGAGAGCACUCUUCAGGACUUUUCUCUUUUAGAACUCGAUGGCAUAAAUCUCAGACUCGGAGAUAAGAUAUUCUGCAAUGCUUCCAUCUUUUUCUUGGAGGACCCAGGUGUACAAAGCAUAGCUAUUGAAAGCCAGGGAUAUUUUGCAGGAAUUAAGUUAAAACCUGAAUUGAGCACUAUUUCAGAAGAUGGGAAGGAAUACCAGCUGAGGGUAGAGAGUACAAUUCCUAUUGCUUGCUCUGAAUUUAGUGAGCUUGGCCAAAGGUGUAAAAUCUCAUUAAAGCUGAGAACUAUUGAACAAGGUAAAGAACACAUAGAUUUAAAUUUGGCGUUAUCUUCCUGCCAUGUGGACCUUCACCAGAAUUCUUCUUGUGAUGAAGGAAUAUGUAGCCAUGCUGUCGUGUACUAUACUGCUGUGACAGAUUUUUCCCGGGAUGGAGAAAGAAUUACAGACAUCAUUGUGGAACCUAUAAUCAGUGACGAUUUCCUGUGGGACAGAUACAUUCCAGACAGCAUCCAGAUAAAAGUCAAGGACAUCCCAUCUGCUUACUGCUAUUCGUUUACUGACCCACACAUAAUUACCUUUGAUGGCAGGGUGUAUGAUAACUUCAAGACUGGGACAUUUGUGCUUUAUAAGAGUAUGUCACGUGAGUUUGAAAUACAUGUACGUCAGUGGGACUGCGGGAGCCUUCACUAUCCUGUGUCGUGUAACUGUGGCUUUGUUGCAAAAGAAGAAGCUGACAUAGUCACUUUUGAUAUGUGCAAUGGUAAAUUACAUGAAUCUCCACCACAUUUAUUUAUAAAGAACCAAGACUCAUCAUCGAGCAAUAUCAGAAUAACUGAAUCUUAUUUAGGAAGAAAAAUCACGGUUUGGUUCUCCUCAGGAGCGUUCAUUCGUGCUGACGUCAGUGACUGGGGUAUGAGUAUAACGCUCAGGGCUCCCAGUUUAGACUACAGGAACACACUGGGGCUUUGUGGAACCUUUGAUGAAAACCCAGAAAAUGAUUUCCAUGACAAAAAUGGGAUCAGAAUGGAUGAUGACGUCAACAAUUAUAUUGCAUUCAUCAAUGAGUGGAGGCUUUUACCAGGAAAAAGCAUGUUUGACAAAAUGCCAGCUUCCCGACAGUUUCCAGCGAAACCAUCCUACUGUAGCUGCCUGUUGGGUAGCGCCUCGCAGCUUCAGCUUUCUAACCAUGUGGACAGCGGAUCUCACUUAGAAAUGGCUUCCAGCUGCAAAGACUUCAACUAUAUCCAGUUGUCUUCCUUGAUACCGAACCUAGAUAUUACCUCUACAUAUACCAGUUUAGAAGUUCUUGUUAGAAAAAUAAGCAUUCAAGCACCCAAGGAAGAUAAUAAUUUGAAUUUCUUACUCCAAGAAAAAGCACACACUAACCUAACCAAACUGGAGUUAAAUGUGCAGCAUCCAUGGAAUGAGACCCAAAAUCCACUGAAAUUUCUCAGUAAUGACAGGCAUACACAGGAUCUGGAGAUGAGGAGGGAUCCACAAAGCAGAUGGAAACGACACAGCUUGAAGGCCUUUCUUCCCAUGUUUGCUUUUCAGAGUCUCAAACAAGCCAACCUGGAAGAGUUUCCAUACCUUUUCCCAGAGGAGCACAUUGAGGACAGCCAGCAGGAGUUUGUCCCCUCAUGGCCCACAGCUUCUGGCCUCACUAAAUUGAGCAUCUUGGCUCUCUGUCAGCAGACUCUAGUCAACUCCAGCAUUGGAAGGCUCUGUCUUCCCUUUCUUGGCAGUACAUUAAAGCAUGUUAUGGACAUGUGUGUGAAGGAUGUUCUGGUAAAGGAUGACGUGAGCUGGGCAGAAGCAGGAGUGGCCUUGCUAGAGAAUGAAUGUGAGAGAAGGGUUUUAGAGGAAGGAAAACACAACAUAGAAGAAUACAGGAAGUCAAUAGGAGGCAUUCUCCAAGUGUUAAAAUGCCCUGAUCUCUGCAGCGGCCAUGGGGAGUGUAUGGAGUGGGGCUGUGCCUGUUUCCCAGGCUACAGUUCCUAUGACUGCAGUGACUCAUAUGAUAUAAGUCCUGAAAUUACAGAGCUUGAGAAUGCCGGAUUCUGUGACAUGCAGAAACAGAAUUGUGAUACAGUAAGAGUUUUUGGUCAAGCCUUCAAAGAAUCUCCUUUCCUCAAGUGUGAAGUUACUAAACUGAAGUAUAAUGGUAGUAAAUGGGUGCCUGGAGUAAAUGUGUACACACAGACAUUCUUUCAAGACAGUGGAAUGGUUGAUUGUCAGCUGCCAAAAGAUGUCCUGCAUUCUGAUACCAUGCACCUGGUGGGGGAGAAAUCCUUGGCAAAGUUGCAAUUAAAGGUAUCUAAUGAUGGUUAUGCAUUCAGUAAUUCCAAGAUAAUGACCAUAUAUGAUGGAACUUGUCAUGUUUGUGGUCCCUCUGAAAUUGACUCAUGCAUUAUGAAGGAUAAUGUUUGUGUUAUUGAUGGUCUCUGCUACACUGAAGGCGAUAAAAACCCUACCAGCUCUUGUUUGAUUUGUAGACCCCAAAUAUCAAACUCUACUUGGUCAUUUGUAGACAACAACCAGCCUCCAAUGAUUCAAGCACCACAAGACAAAUUACAUACCUUUUAUGGAGAAGACUUUGAAUACCAGUUCGUGGCCUGGGAUCCAGAAGGCUCAGAGAUACAUUUUACACUGGAUUCCGGUCCUGAUGGAGCAGGUGUUUCUUCUGAAGGACUUCUUACAUGGAAAACAGAGUCAUUGACUCCUCAGAGAUUCAUUCUCCUUCUUAGGGAUGACUGCGAGGCUGAAACUACAGUCACAAUGGAGGUCACUGUGAAGUCUUGUGACUGCAUGAAUGGUGGUUCCUGUGUAUCUGACAGGAAAUUUACUUCAGGAAGUGGAGCGUACCUGUGUGUCUGUUUGCCUGGUUUCCUUGGCGGUCUUUGUGAAAUUGAUGCCAGUGGAUGCCAGUCAAACCCUUGUGGCCUUGGCAUAUGUAUUAGAGGCUUAAACACUUAUUCUUGUGACUGUCCUCCUGAGCUCACAGGCAAGAACUGUGAGAAAGAUGUUGAUGAGUGUGAAUCCUGGCCUUGUUUCCCAGGUGUGGAAUGCAUCAAUAUUUUUGGUUCUUAUCAUUGUGGCUCGUGUCCAAAAGGAUUUCAUGGUGAUGGGAACAUAUGCCAUGAUUUGAGUUUCCAGUCACCAUCAAAUGAGCAUUUACUAUCAAGUCCAACCUUUACUCAGAAUCCAGCAACAACUAUCAGUGAGUUCUCACACUCAAUAAGCACCUCUCACUUGACAAUAAAAUCGGUUACAACUCAAACAAAGAACGGUGUUUCUCAUCAGACACAGACUCAUGAGCAUGCAGAUCACAUUCUCAGUACAAAUCUUACUCUCAAGGGGCGAGAAAUUCCUGCACACACUGGCACUCCUUUAACCAUCAAUCAUAACAGUCAUUUUGGGCAAAUAAGUGAUGGUGUGCAGAGCACUGCUCAAACAAAGACAGGAGAAUAUGAUGCUUCAAUUAGCCUACCUCUGCAAGGCUUCACUCAGCAUGAGUUUACAUCACUGAACACUGAAGAAAUCACUAUGUUGCCAGAGAAGUUUGGAUCAAGCAAAACAUCAAAUUGCACGGAAUCAUCUUGUUUCCCUGGUGUUUCCUGUGUGCCAAACAUAGAUGGUCACUUCAAGUGUGGACGCUGCCCCAUUGGGUACUAUGGAGAUGGGACCAACUGUAGAGCAUUUUGUAGACACUCAUGUGGAAGAAACAGGGAAUGUGUUGCCCCAAACAUCUGUAAAUGUAAACCUGGUUACACUGGUUCCAACUGCCAAACUGCCAUCUGUCACCCUGUUUGCAAAAAACAUGGAAAAUGCAUUAAGCCUAACAUCUGUGAAUGUCCUCCAGGCCAUGGUGGAGCAACCUGCGAUGAAGAACACUGUAGCCCUCCUUGCCAACAUGGGGGCACAUGCUUGCCAGGCAAUCUCUGCACUUGUGCUUACGGGUUUGUAGGACCAAGGUGUGAAACAUUGGUCUGUAACAGGCACUGUGAAAAUGGAGGCGAAUGUGUUGCGCCAGAUAUUUGCCAGUGCAAAUCUGGCUGGAAUGGACCCACCUGUAGUACAGCUCUGUGUGAUCCUGUUUGCCUCAAUGGUGGUUCCUGUUAUAAGCCCAACACUUGCCUCUGUCCUGAUGGAUUCUUUGGUGUACAGUGCCAGAAUGCUGUCUGUCACCCUCCCUGUAAGAAUGGUGGCCACUGUAUGAGAAAUAAUGUGUGCACGUGUCGUGGUGGGUACACCGGAAAGAGAUGCCAAAAAAGCAUCUGUGAACCUAUGUGCAUGAAUGGAGGAAAAUGUGUGGGACCAAAUAUUUGUUCCUGUGCUUCUGGUUGGACUGGGAAAUGGUGUAACAUGCCAAUCUGCCUUCAGAAGUGUAAAAAUGGGGGUGAAUGCAUAGCUCCCAGCAUGUGUCAUUGCCCUUCGACCUGGGAAGGGGUACAGUGUGAGAAACCCAUUUGUCCUCAGAAGUGUCUUCAUGGAGGAAGAUGUGCAUUUCCUGGUGUAUGUUCUUGCCGAAUUGGAUACUCUGGAGUCAAAUGUGAAAGGAAGAUACAGGCGAAAUUAGCAGACUUGACCUGCAGAUGGUGCCAGAGCCUCAGUUCUCUUAUUAGGCGUCUUGGGUACAAGGCAACCAUUGUGAUAAGAGCAUUUAAUGAAACAUGA